AGCAUGACACACACAUCCUUCUCCUUCGUCCUCCCUAGCCUAGCCUAUUAAUUGACCCAUAACGCCCACUUUACUCACCUUCCCAAACACUGCAACACCCCACCUCCUCUGCUCUGCUCUCCCUUCUUCCUCGUUCCCUGCCCCUCACCAUCCUCCAUUCCACCCAACAACCAAGAAGAGCAAGGCGUCAGCCAUGAGCAAGGACUGCGGCAACCACGGCGACGACGACCUCCGGCGCUCGUGCCGGCGCCUCCUGGCCAUCCUCCUGUUCCUGGCCUUCCUCGUCGCCAUCAUCGCGCUCAUCGUCUACCUGGUGCUCCGCCCCACGCACCCGCGCUUCUUCCUGCAGGACGCGUCCCUCCGGCAGCUCGACCUCUCCAACGGCUCCUCCAACGUCCUCUCCACCACGCUCCAGGUGACCGUCGCCUCCCGCAACCCCAACGACCGCGUCGGCGUCUACUACGACCGCCUCGACGUCUACGCCUCCUACAAGUACCAGCAGAUCACCGUCGCCGCAUCGCUCCCGCCAGUCUACCAGGGCCACGGCGACGUCGACGUCUGGUCCCCGGUCCUCGCGGGGCCCAGCGUCCCCUUCGCGCCCUACCUCGCCGACGCGCUCAGCCAGGACUGCCAGGCGGGGUACCUCAUCCUCCAGGUCAAGAUCGACGGCCGCGUCAGGUGGAAGGUCGGCAGCUGGAUCUCGGGACACUACCACCUCUUCGUCACAUGCCCGGCCUUCCUCGUCACCAACGGCGGCAACGGCGCGCCGGGGGCCAGCGGAUUUAAGUUCCAGACCACCACCACAUGCCACGUCGAGGUCUAGAGACUUUGGCGGUGUUCCUCCACGGCGCCGCCGGCGAGGUAGGUGAGGUUCCGUCCCUUGUGGCUUGCGUCUGUCUCCCUGCCUGUCCAUAGCGGAAGGGGAAAAAGAAAAACAGAGGACGCAAGCAGAGAUCAGAGUCAGGCGAGGUGGUAAUAAUCGAUCGAUACCAGUAGUCGUGAUUCUGCCUGCAGUGAUGCGGGUGCGUAUUUAAAUGUAAAGGAGGGUAAUUUUUCUUCCGAUUUCGGUAGGGUUGAUUAAUACGAGUAGUAGUACGAUCGAUCAAUGGUCUUAUAUACAGUACUUCACUAUAUAUGUGAUGCCUGUUCAUCCCAUUAGCUGGUUGGAAUUACUGUUGUUGAAGGAAGCUUAAUUGUUAAUAAACCUUUUUGAUGCGGAAUUAAAGGGGUACCGAUUGGCAUGGCCGUUUUCAUGGGA